AUAUUUCUAUUUUUAAAAAAAUGGCAAUUUUUGGAAAACAAAUAAAUUUUAUUGUAUUCUUUGGUUUGGACGGUUCACAAAGACUUGAACUUUUUAAGUGGUUAUUGGUAACCAUGGCUAUCUUUUUGACAGCCAUCCCCACAAGCAUUUUAUCUCUAGUACAAAAUCGUAAUCGAUCCUUAGCUUUUACCGCAGUAAUAUCACCAGAAGAUAGUCAAACUUUGCCAGGAAUUGUUUUAACUCCCCAUCUAACACUCAAUGGUGAAUUUGUAUGCGUUAUGUGCGCAUGGAUGAUUACUUUGUUUGGUGUAUUCAAUUUUAUGCGAAAAAAUAACGUUGUUGGUCAAUUUAUCUCUAUGUUCCUUAUUGCAUUCACUGUGAUUCAAACUGUUACUGCUGCAUAUAAUGUACUGUUUAGUAGCAGUUGGAUUUUAAAAAUUCUAAGUGGUUCUUUGCAAAAAGCUUAUAAUUUGGAUCCUGAUCUGAUAAAAGAAUUAGAAUAUGAGUUGAUAGGUGUCCUUAUGCAUACAUUUAUAUUCGAUUGUAUCACAAUGUACGACAUACAGCAGCAUAUUUAUGGAGAUGAUGGCGAAGAAUGCCUGUACGGUAAAAAUAAAGACCUUAUAACUAACACUAAUGCUGAG